UGUAUACAUUCCUGCACGCGCUGCCCUAGUGCUGUUCCCAAGUUUAGAAACGUUAAAACCGAGCCGAAGUUAGCUAAAAUGUAUAGACAUUUUAUGGGUAUCUGCCGUCUCUCCAGGCGGUCUAUCAGCAGCAGUGCUCGCCAACAGGUGGACAACACUGUAAAAUCAAAACAACUGUUCCAGGAGGAUAAUUGUUUACCUACCCAUCUAAAGGGUGGGUCAAAGGAUGCUCUGCUCUACAGAACCACAAUGGCUGUCACUGUGUUUGGCAGUGGAUUUGUUUUGUUUGAACUGUUUAAUGCCUCAAUGCCCAAGAACCCACAGUGGAACACCUGCCUGUGUAAUAAAACAACUGCAUAAUGUACAGUAUACUAUUUAUUGAUGAAUUCUCCAACAAAGGUUCAGGGAAUAAUAAUGAAAGUAUGUUUCUUUUGGGAUAUAUUGGAUGUGGAAAUCAUGUGACAGUAAAAAAAAAAAAAAAAAAAAAAAAAAUCUAGUGGUGUCUUCUUUAGUGCCUUUAUGUGUGUAGGACUUUUUUUUCAACACUAGAGGGCACCAAAAAACAAUCAGUUCGUGAAGAAAUGCUGUAAAAGGUUGCGACUGUCGACAAAAGCUAUUUUCAUUGUUGUCUACAUAAUAAGUAAACUUGUAAAGUAAAUUUGACAGAUUAGUACCACUGUUGUUUUUGUUUCUAUUGCAU